AAAAAGUCGAAUUUGUGUUCGAGUUGUGUGAAAAUUCGGUGGGUUUAUUGCAAACUGAAAAUUCGCGAUAAAUCCGUGAAAAUUUCGUUCGAUUGUGAACGUAAAAAGUGUCGUAACAUAUUCGCGUACAAAAUCCACAAUCAAAAUUAAUCACGAACGGUUUCAGUCAAGUGAAAAUCUCAACUUGAAAAGAAAACACUCUCGCGGCCAUUUGCGUGUGUGCCACUCAUCCAUCCCAAAAGCGGGCGGCGGCGGCGAUCGGUACAAAAUCAACGAAACGAAGAACCUGCGGCGCAUCCAGCGAAAAUUCUCCAGCUGUAACUUGAGCGUGAAAGAUGGCAGCGAGUGACAAAACGCUCGACGACUCACUUUAUCCGAUUGCCGUCCUCAUUGACGAGUUGAAAAAUGAAGACGUUCAGUUACGACUAAACUCCAUUAAGAAGCUAUCGACUAUUGCUUUGGCUCUAGGCGAAGAACGAACCCGUUCUGAACUCAUUCCAUUUUUAACAGAAACAAUUUACGAUGAAGAUGAAGUUUUACUUGCUUUGGCGGAACAAUUGGGAAACUUCACAAGCUUGGUCGGCGGUCCCGAGUAUGCAAUGUAUUUGAUUCCGCCACUAGAAAGUUUGGCCACCGUUGAAGAAACUGUCGUCCGUGACAAGGCGGUCGAAUCAUUGCGUACAGUAGCCGCAGAGCACAGCGCACAAGAUUUGGAAAUUCACGUUGUUCCAACUUUACAACGUUUGGUUUCCGGUGAUUGGUUCACCUCACGUACAUCAGCUUGUGGAUUAUUCUCAGUAUGUUAUCCACGUGUUUCGGCUCCGGUUAAGGCUGAGUUGCGAGCAAAUUUCCGUAAGUUGUGUCAAGAUGAGACACCAAUGGUCCGACGUGCAGCUGCCAGUAAAUUGGGUGAAUUCGCUAAAGUCGUUGAGGUUGAAUUUUUGAAAUCUGAUUUAAUUCCAAACUUCGUACAAUUGGCUCAAGAUGAUCAGGAUUCCGUUCGGUUGUUGGCCGUUGAGGCUUGCGUCAGUAUUGCACAAUUAUUGCCACAAGAUGACGUUGAGCAUUUGGUCAUGCCCACAUUGCGUCAAUGCGCUAGUGAUUCCUCUUGGCGUGUACGUUACAUGGUUGCCGAGAAGUUCACAGAAUUACAAAAGGCCGUGGGCCCAGAAAUCACAAAAACUGAUUUGGUGCCAGCUUUCCAGUAUUUAUUGAAAGACGCCGAAGCUGAAGUUCGGGCAGCUGCCGCUUCAAAAGUGAAAGAUUUCUGUGCGAAUCUAGAUAAAGCUAAUCAAGUUCAAAUUAUCAUGUCGUCAAUAUUGCCGUACGUCAAGGAGCUUGUUUCGGAUCCAAAUCAACACGUGAAAUCAGCUUUAGCUUCAGUAAUCAUGGGUCUCAGCCCAAUGCUAGGAUCAUAUAACACAGUCGAACAGCUUUUACCAUUAUUCUUGGUACAAUUGAAAGAUGAAUGUCCAGAAGUUCGGCUGAAUAUCAUAUCGAAUCUAGAUUGUGUCAAUGAUGUUAUUGGUAUUCAACAGUUAUCACAGUCUCUUUUGCCAGCCAUUGUUGAACUGGCUGAAGAUUCAAAGUGGCGUGUACGAUUAGCAAUUAUCGAGUAUAUGCCUGCACUCGCCGGCCAACUGGGGCAGGAGUUCUUUGACCAAAAAUUGCGUGGUUUAUGUAUGAGCUGGCUUAACGAUCACGUCUAUGCCAUCCGGGAGGCAGCCACAAUGAACAUGAAAAAAUUGGUAGAACAGUUCGGAGCAGCUUGGGCGGAGCAGGCAAUUAUUCCAAUGAUUCUUGUUAUGUCCCGAAAUAAGAAUUAUCUACACAGAAUGACAUGUUUGUUCUGCAUCAAUGUUCUAGCUGAAGUCUGUGGACAAGAGAUCACAACAAAACUCCUCUUACCGACAGUUUUAAUCCUAGCAACAGAUCCAGUCGCAAAUGUAAGGUUCAACGUUGCCAAGACGCUACAAAAGAUUUCACCCUAUCUGGAAUCAAGUGUGAUUGAUAGUCAAGUGAAACCCACGCUAGAUAAGCUAAACAGCGACGCUGACGUUGAUGUAAAACACUUCGCUUCAGAAGCUAUAGCCGGUAUUGCAGCAGUAAUGGAAUUAGACGUUUUUGGCCAAAGAGAUAAAGAAGAAAGAAAUGAAACUCCCGCUCCAAUUGAACCACAAGAAGAAGAACAGGCCCCACAAAUUGAAGUUCUGGCCAAUCCUAUGAAAAAUGAGGGGGACGCAGAACUAUUCGCUUAUUCCGCCUAGAAGAAGGGAUUCUAGCCUUUCUGGGCAGUUGUUUUAAUCUUCAAUCCCAUAAAAUUACGAUAAUAGUUGGAUAACAUCGCAACGAUCAUUUUCAAAGGCAACAACAGCAGCAGCUACUGCGACUACAACAGUUAAACCCGAUGAUCGGAAAUCAUGCAAAAUUCAUUAAAUCAUUGCAUUGAACCGUAAUACGAAUUGCAUUGUUUAUUUGCAAAUGAAACAAGAAACAGAUAUGGAACAAAAUUUAUAAAAGAAGCAAAAAUCGUAUAAUAAAUAAAGAACACACUGAAAUCUAUAUAUAUUGAUAAAUUUAUUAUUUUUAUUUUAAUUCAAUAAUUAAAUUAAUUGUAAGAGGAAGAAAUGAAUCAUUAAAUCUACACUAAAACACACAAUGCAAAAUGAACGUUUGACUUGCAACAUAAUUUUAAUCCUUGAAUUGUUGUAAAACAAGAAAAUUAAUAUGAGAAAUUAAAAAGUGAUUAGUGGAUAUGAUUGACUGUAUGAUAUCUGUUUUUAUCUAUUUUCCCUUUUCCAAUAAAAAAGUAAAAAUCACUUCUUUGCCUCGACACAAUUCUAUAAACUUUCUUUCUGAGUCUUUGAUAUACAAAUAGAUGUGUGCAUGCUCGUCUCCAGUGCAAAAUACCUUUAGUACCAUUUUUUACUUUGAUUUUUUAUUAGUGACUAUUUUUCUUCCCAUCAAUUGAAAAAACAGACGCAACUCUACACAAAUUCGGUUUUUUUAGAUCGAGAAACAUUUCAGAAAACCAUCAACAAAAAUAGAGAAAAUUCUUGUCUACAAAGAAAAUUGUUAAAAUCUUGUACUCUUACUUAUGUAAGGUUAAUUUUAAGUAUAAUUUAAUAAAAUGUAAUAGUUAUAAAA